GUUAGCAAUUAAUUGUAGCAUACCACACUACCCAAGCAACCUAGAGGAAGAGCCAAAAGAACUCUUUCUCCGUCCAACCCAUCCAUCCCCAAUCCCAUCCAUCCAUUCCAUCCAUUCCGUCCAUUCCAUCCAUCCAUCCAUCCAUCCAUUUCCUUUCCGACAAACCUCGACAAACCUCGACAAACCUCAACCCUCAACCCUCCCCAGAUCGAUCCAAAUAAAUUCCUUCCCAUUCAGUGUGAAGGAGAUUUCAUCCACUUGGAUUACCAAGAUCUCAAGAAUAUCUCGUUGGGUUUUCAAGGGUUUCAAUUUGAAAGAGUAUAUUGUUAACCUGGUAAGUAAAUAAGAAUUCUUUGUUUCUUCUGAUUGCACCGUUCAACUCCAUCGCAUGAAGGAUAAAUCAUAUUGGGUUUCAUCCAUCUAUACAAAUUGUCGGGAGGCACCAACUGCGACACGACUAAACUCGUCCAUAACUCGUACUUCAUCCUCUCUACGAUUCUGAAUACCAAGUAUCAACCUCGGGAGGAAGCAUUGCGUCGCAUUCCCAGUCCCUUCCCCUUAUUCACCAACCCGACCGAGUUCAAUCAACUUCACUUCAAUUUCGCACGUCGCUACUGAUUGUCUUUUUUUUGCUUCACUAUCGCCAAUAUCUCAAUCAUUCAGCCUCAGCCUACUCAUUACCCGGUUCCCGCUAAUCAUUUACCUUUUACAGACCGCACUCUAUCUUGCGGCCGGUCCUGCGACACUUGACACUCAACUUCACGACCUUUAACGAAUUUAAUUACUAAACACCACCACUAUAAUCAGUCAACAUGGGUUGCGGAAUGAGCACAGAGGAGAAGGAGGGAAAGGCGAGGAACGAGGAGAUCGAAAAUCAACUGAAGAGAGAUAAAAUGUUGCAACGAAAUGAAAUCAAGAUGCUACUUCUUGGUAAGUUAAAUCAUCCUUGAGCCCCCUUCAUCUAUCAUUGAGUGUUCAGCCUAACAGUUUUACAGGAGCUGGUGAAUCCGGAAAGUCUACUAUCUUGAAACAGAUGAAGCUUAUCCAUGAGGGAGGUUACUCACGCGACGAGAGAGAAUCAUUUAAGGAAAUUAUCUUUAGCAACACGGUCCAAUCGAUGCGUGUUAUCCUUGAAGCCAUGGAGUCCUUAGAGUUACCUCUUGAUGAUCAAAGAGCCGAAUAUCAUGUCCAAACUAUUUUCAUGCAACCACAACAAAUUGAAGGAGACAACUUACCACCCGAGGUUGGAAGUGCCAUUGCAGCUCUAUGGAAGGAUGCAGGUGUGCAGGAUUGUUUCAAGCGAUCCAGAGAGUAUCAAUUGAAUGAUUCCGCUAGAUAGUAAGUACUUGCUUUAUAGACGGAUCUUGGAUAUCUUUCCGGUCCUGCCGUACACGAAGCUGCUUCUAACAUCCUUUGUCUAGCUACUUUGAUAACAUCGAGAGAAUUGCUCAGCAUGAUUAUAUGCCAAAUGAUCAAGAUGUCCUCCGCUCCCGUGUCAAGACUACUGGUAUUACAGAGACCACCUUCAUCAUCGGAGAUUUAACCUACCGAAUGUUCGAUGUUGGAGGACAACGUUCCGAGCGAAAGAAGUGGAUCCACUGUUUCGAAAAUGUCACCACAAUCCUGUUCUUGGUGGCCAUUUCCGAGUAUGAUCAACUGCUUUUCGAGGAUGAAACGGUCAACCGUAUGCAAGAAGCCCUUACACUUUUCGACUCGAUUUGCAAUUCCAGAUGGUUUAUCAAGACAUCCAUAAUUCUAUUCUUGAACAAGAUCGAUAGAUUCAAGGAGAAGCUCCCCGUAAGCCCUAUGAAGAACUACUUCCCCGAUUACGAAGGUGGUGAUGACUAUGCUCUCGCAUGUGACUACAUCCUGAACCGAUUCGUCAGUCUCAAUCAGCACGAGACAAAACAGAUUUAUACACAUUUCACUUGUGCUACUGAUACUACUCAAAUCAGAUUCGUCAUGGCAGCAGUCAAUGGUAAGCUUCAAAGCUCUUGAGAAUUCGUCACAACUAACUCGUUCUAGACAUCAUCAUACAAGAGAACCUCCGUCUGUGCGGUCUGAUAUAAUCAUGAAAUACCCAACUGCAGUCAAAUGAUAUCGGCUGCAACUUUCUUAUUUAUUCAGCAUGGCGUUAUAAUCCAAAACCGGGGGUCUCUUUUUCCAAUACCAAACAUCUUCUUGCACAGUCACUUUCGGUCUUGCAACCUUUUUUUGCUAUAGAACCAUUGUUUUUCCCCGAAAGGGGAUGUCGGGGGAUAUGGUAUCAUUGGAGCACGUCAUGGGUUGUUUUAAUUAACUUCUGCUUCAUUGUGCCCACUUUAUUUCUCUUUCUCCAAUGCUCUGGGGGGUAGCAUCGAUCGAGACUAUUUUCUUUUAUUACUUAAGUUUUGUUUUUAAAUCCUGUUUGUCAUAUUAAUAGCGACGAUGUAAGACCGUUCGGGAUGUGGUUGGUUUCAUGCCAGCAACUGAUGAUGUCGCGCGGUUUGCAUUCUGCCGCGUCUCUUUUUGAUGAAGGUGCAGGAGUUGUGUUGUGGGUCGGAAGCAGGAUGAAUGAGGAGAAGCUCUACAGCUGAUUAGAAGGUUGGGGAUGUACGAGCAGACGAUGGUGGCAGUUGGAUGGCUUGAUUGGGAUUAAAACUGAUGGUGGUGGAUGUCUGGGCUCGUUGGUUGGCUGGAUCAAAAGCGACUGCAUUAUUUGCAGUAAGCAUUGAUACCAUAGUCAGUUAAUUAGAAGAUUCAUAUUGAUCUACAUUUGU